CUUAUACAAUUUCAUUGAUGUGAUAUAUGCGGUCUAGUACUCCUUUCCAGACCGUGUGGGUUUAACACCGACCGUAACUAAUGGUUGGACAUGACGUGACAAGAUUCCGGCCGUCCGUUACCUUAAACCCAAGCAAUGUUUGUUUUCCGCUUCUGCAUCGAUGUUUCCCUUCUGCUUCUAUCACGCUCUCGUCUCGAUGUUCUAUCGAAGAAUUUGAAUUCGUCAGCAUUGGAGGGUAGAAAAAGAGGCGAAAGUAGGUCUCUAACUCGACGUUCGGUUGGACGUCUAAUUGUUCCGCUGGCAUUGGCCGGCAUUUUUCACAAUGAGCGGAGGUGUGGGUUCACCCCCAGCUCGUGAUACCUUGCAGAGCCAUGAUAGCUCUCCUCAAGAUACUCCAGACAGUGGUGGUCGCCAGCAAUUUCGACGAUACAGGAAAAGACGAUCGUCGAUUGGUUUGUUCUCAGGCGCGGACGAGGUCAAGGGACCUCUACCAUUUGGUGGUGGUUUUGGAUCUCCAACGGGUGAGCGAUACGCUUCUCCUCAGUCCUUGCCGGAUGCCUCGCCCUGGGAGCGAUGGGAUUCAGGAGGAGAAGAUUUGAAGACACCGAUUCCGAGAAAGCUGUUUGGCACAGGAGAAGGUCGUGAGGUAGGAGAUUUGACAGAAGGGUUGAAUGUGCCCAUCAGCCAUGCCCGGACUCCAACGACCCGUGAACAACAACGUAGAGUCACGCUGACUGCCACUCCGAUUUCUUCUCCUAUCAUAUUGAAAACUGUCAAGAAGGAGGACCAGCUGGAGGUAACUGACAGUGCGGAGGAGUCUUUUGCGCGUUUUGCUGGAAUUUUAGAUGCGACUUUUCAAGGUCACUUUUCCUUUCCAGAGCUGAUGUUACAGUAUGAAGCAGUAUGUCGUGAUCUUGUGGAUCUUGUCAGAGAGGAAGCCUCAGAGACGCAUCGAGUGACAGAGGACCGCCUGAUGAGGCAGAAGGCUUUGAUGCUUCAUGGAGAAGCUGCUUCUUGGUCCCUCUUGUGGUAUUUAUUUGGCAAGAGUAGCGAGGAAAUGUAUCUGGAUGAUGACGAUGAUACUCCUGUCACAUCUGAGGAAGAAGCUUGUGAGUUUAUCGCAAGUGAUCAAAAUGCCCAACUUUGCUCCCGUAUUGUUCAAUGGCUGGAAACCCUCGCUUCAAAGGAAUUGGACUACGAGAAGAAACACAAGGGCUGGUACGCCGGGUCAUAUGCUCAAAAGCUUGGAGUGUGGCGACAUACUCAGAGCGCCAUUAGGAAGAAGACAGGUGGUAUCGUUCAGCAUCUAGACCCAGAUGCUCCUUCUCGAGAGCAGGCUCAACUUCACUCGGAGGAUCAGAAAUUGGAGGAAAGUCUUUUGGAGGAUGUAUGGAAGCUACUUCUUGCAGGAAGACUAGAAGAGGCUCAAGAUCUUUGUCGUUCAGCUGGACAGGCUUGGAGGGCAGCUAGUUUAGGUGGUUGUGGUGAGCUAGGGCCAUCACCCACUGUAGAAGCCUGGAAGCGCAAAUCUAGGGACUGGAGUCCCAACGCCUAUGGCAGAGGAAGAGAUCGGAGCUUGAAGGCUGUUGAACUAGAGAGUGGAUCCGGUCAUCAGCGGCGUCUUUGGAAAUGGGCCUGCUUUGCUGCAUCUAAUAACAUAGGAGACGGUCCACAUGAGUCAAAGUACGAAGCUGCCAUAUUUGCAUCGCAGUGUGGAAAUGUGAAACGCAUGCUACCUGUAUGCUUCACUUGGGAGGCUGCUUGUUGGGCAAUGGUAAGAUCGUGGCUCGAUGUCGAAGUGGACCUGCAGUUGUCUUCUGCCUCCAUUCUAAAAUCACCUCAAGAAAUCAAUGACGAAUCUACUGGAGGACCUGAGCUCUGGCCACAGCCAGUCGUUUAUCAACAACCUCGGGACUUGCAUUCCCUCUUUCAGAAACUUCUCACAGGGGAUCUUGUCAACGAAGCCGUGCGUAGAAGUUGCAAAGAGCAACAGCGCCUUGUUCAGAUGGACCUCAUGUUAGGAGAUAUUACUCACCUUCUGGAAUUGCUAAGAACGUGGAUAGCACCAUCUCAAGAUACCAGGGAUUCGUCAAGGCCUCACGGUCAUCCACAGAUGAUACGCUUUGGUGCCCAUUUGGUCUUGGUUUUACGGUAUAUAUUGAAUGAUGAGAUGAAAGAACAAUUCAAGGAAAAGCUUUGGCUUAUUGGUGACCUGAUUCUCAACACAUAUGCAAUUUUCCUUUUCACGCAGAGAAAGGAAGAGCUUGUAGGUGUCUACGCGUCUCAACUAGCACCACACUUAUGUGUGGAGUUGUACGUGCAGAUGAUUGAGCUAAGAGAGAAUGAAAGCGUUCCAGUCAAGUACAAAAUCUUCAAGUCAGCUAUAGAGUACCUGCCAUUCAUUUCAGAGGAUGGAACAAAAGGCAGUUUCUCUGACAUUAUUUCCAGAGUCUUGAGUAAAUCUCGAGACAUCAAGUCUGAUUCCCGGCCUCUUGCAAAGGUGGAAAUCUCAGGGCAGCGACUCCAAACUGUACGUAAGGCACAUGCAGUGCAGUGGCUCUGCUUUUUACCUCCUCCGAGCUUGUCCAGCGUGGAAGUUUUACGAGCUGAACUUCUAGCACGAGCCUUGGAAUACAGCAAUGUACUCUUUCGGGAGUACUCGCUUAGUUGCCUUUGGAGAACUCCGGAGAUGCCUGUUGGGGCUCAUGUGUUAUUGGGUCAUUUAGCAGAACCCUUGAAUCAGCCCACUGAUGCUCUACUCUCUUUAGACCAGCUUCGAGUGCAAGAAAACCUCCAGGAGUUCGAGGAGUGGAGGGAAUACUAUGCCUGUGAUGCUCUCUACCGAAACUGGCUGAAAAUUGAACAAGGCAACUCAGUAGUACCAAGUGAUGAACUUUCUUCAGAUGAGAAGGAACGUGCUGCUACAGCAGCCCAACAAGCCCUGGAUGCUGCUUCCUCAUUGCUUCAAAGAAACCAUGGUAUGUGGUUGGCUGGAGUUGAUGAUGUAGCUGAAGAUGAUCUGGCCCCCGACUGGAUCGAACUGCAAUGCACUGGGAUGUUAAGUUCUUCCUCAGGAUCGUCACUGGUGCCUGAUGCAUCUGUAUGCACAGCUCUAGUUGAUGCCCUCUAUAACUGCGGAGCGAUCCAGGGUGUACAAAGGCAACUGACGGUAGACGUUACGGUGAAUGGGAAGGAUCACAGUCUUGUAGACAUUCUUCUUCGCUGCUUGCCAGUUAAAGGGGAUGGGCUGGGCUCAAACACAGACUAUGAUGGUGGUCUACUUGCGUCCAUCAUUGCAUAUGCUGUGAAAGGAGAACUUCCUCACUUUCGAGCUGGUAUAGUGUUAGAAGUCCUACGAUUAGAUGCUUGGUAUAUCAGUGGAGAUGGCAUACAACAGGUUCAAGCUGGUUAUAUAGUGCAGGGUCUCUGUAGGCGAUGCUGCUUGCCAGAAUUAAUUCUUCGCAGCAUGCAGGUAAAGGCUGCACUAGCAGCGGCAUCAGUGGAAGUAGAUGACGAAGACUGUGAUGUUCUGGAGUUGGUCGCCUCGAAGGAGUAUGAGUUGUAUCAACUGUUUAGUCAGAGACAAUUGCAGGAGCUUUUGCAAUUUGAGAGACGUGCUAGGAUCUAUUCUCUGGAGGUUUUGGAAGCCUCCGGAUUUUUCAGCGACACUUCUGUUCCCCUUCAAAAUAUGCAAGAGACUUAGUUUGCAUAUUGCUCAUUAAUUUCCACAUCAAACGUACUCAAAACCCUUUGCUUUUCAGUUGAUGCCUUGCUGCCAAGGUUUCAAGUACAUGUAACACAUGUCUCAGAUCAGAAGAAAGAAGCAUGUACGUCGCUGUCUCUAGCUUUGACAUUUUGUACAGAAAGAUAUGUGACAGGGAUUAUUUCGAGGACAAGUUUCGGGCAGCUUUGGAUGUCAGAAUGUUUAGAUGGCUCUAGAAACAAACCAGUUGGAGGGGAAAUUUCCGGAAGCAGUCAGACCUGACGAUAGGUGAUACUGUACUCUCACCUGUUCUUGCAUGGUCAAAGGCCAACUCAUCAGAAAUGCCGAAGUAAUUACGGACGGUGCCUUCUUAUACCUACCUUGUUAUGGAAGAAGACUUUUGAGAUGGCGACAUGGGCAUACGUCUCAGAUGAUUCGAGUCGUUCACCCCCCUGAAUAGGACAACUCCCAGUGUGUUUUUUACUGUGGAAGCCAUGGCAAAUAUAUGCAGUUGUUCUCUCUUUAUUCAAGUUAUAAUCCAGAGAAUCGAGAUUCCACUUUC